AUGGACGAGCGCAGCAGCGUGAGUGAGAACGUCCCGGACCUAAAAGACAUAGAGGUGAAAAUUGGACGUAAGACCCCCGAGGGACUGCUCAGGUGGAUGCGGGAAGAGGCCACGGCUACCCGGGGUGAUGCCAACAAGAUGACCGUUACGCACGAGUCAAGCAAGGAGUCUGGGACGCGGAGUUUGGAUGAGAAGAUCCGCAAACUCAGGAUAGAGAUGGCCUGUUUGCGCUCGACAGACGUGAAGAUCCUGCAGCAGCUCUUGGCCCUGCACGAGGGCAUCGAAGCGGUCAAGUGGCUUCUAGAAGAACGCAGCACCCUGACCAGCCGCUGCAGCAGCCUGACCAGCAGCCAGUACAGCCUGGGCGAGGGUCCCGACACUUCCUGGAGAGGAUCCUGGAGCAGCCUGCAAGACCCCAACGACAAACUCGACAACAUCUCCAUCGGAAGCUACUUGGACACGCUCGCUGACGACAUGGAUGAGUACUGCCCUCCGAGCUCCGACCAGUCUGUCGUUUGUUCGUCAACCCCCCAGGUUUCCGAAGCAACCUUGGGGGGGAAGACAUUGCCAAAAGCUGUCCAAAAAGCUAUUGAAGGCGGUAACAGCAUCGCGAUCUCCAAACCUACCGCGACGAUUAGGCCUAGAAUGGACAGCCCGAAACGUGUGAGCUCGCCUCCAACCUGGCAGAAGAAAACUCCGGAUUCUUCUGCCAAAAACAGCCCCGUCAAACAGCCUUCUCAACACGGCAAGACGAACAGCGUAACGAUGGCCGAUAAGUGCGGAGCGAGUGCCCAAAUGGGAAGCCCCCGACACAACCUCGUCAACAUUAAGAAAAGUCCCAACCACAAAGCGUACACCAACGGGAAGAUAGAAACAGACUCGUCGUGCAAAGUCAAUGGUAAAAACAUGGCUCUAGAGUAUGACGCGCAUUGGCGUUGGGUGCAGUCCCAAGAAGACGUGACGUUUUUGUGA